GUUUCGUCAGUGAUACGCGCGAUCGAGGGCCUUCUCUCCUUCCGCGCGAUUGUUUUUCGGCGAUCGCGAUCCGUGUUUAUCGCGGGAAAAACGAUGUCAGGAUACCGCAAAGUGAAUUAUUACGAACUGUGCAGAUUGUGUACUAGCAGCGAAGGCAACAAGAUGAAUAUAUUCCGCGACGAAGGUCGCAGACGGCAAUUGCAGACGAAAAUACAGGCGUACCUGCCGAUACAGGUUUUGGAAGAGGACUCAUUACCAAAAAUUGUAUGUCACGAGUGUGUCACGAAGCUGGAGAAUUACAUAGAAUUUCGAGAAACUGUAGUUAAUGCUGAGGGUAUGUUGGAGUCCUAUUUCACCUCACUGCGUUUCUCUGAUGAUUUUCUAAAAGAAGGGAAAGUUUACGUGAAGAAUAUUGAAAAAGAAAGACCAUCGACACCAGAGGAUGAGGUUUUAAAGUCAAUGGAAAAGGUGCCAACAGCAGGAGGAGGCCAAAUAAUAAAUAAUGAUCAACCAAUACAGCAUCAGCAACCUGUUGUAGUUAGCAAUAUAAAUGCUUCUAAUAUACAAAUCAUCAGUGGAGUUCAAGCUAGAGUGCAGCAGUACAAAUGUGCUAUGCAGAUGCAACCGGGUGGUGUAGCAGCGGCUGUUGUAGAAGCUACGGCAGAAACUCAUUACAGUUACCAACAACAGACAUCUCAAGUAUCGUCGCAACAAUCAAAUGAAGCGCAAAAUCAAAUCGGUGACACGCAAAACCAAUCUCCUGCAAUUCAACAACAAGUUCAGAACCAAAUACAGAAUCAUAGUCAAAUAAACCAGCAAGUACAAUCCCAGAGGCCAAUUUCUCAACAGUUGAACCAGCCAGCUCAAUUAUCUCAACAGCAGAAUCAAAGCCAAGUUAAUCAACAGGGACAGCCACAGAUAUCACAGCAGCUUCAACAAUUGCAGAGACAACAACGUGAAUUUGAGAAACAUCAAAGACUUCAACAGCUUGAGAAACAACAAGUGCAAAUUGUAACACAGCAAGAAUUUGUAGUGAAGCAAGAGACACCGGUUGUACAUCAAAACGACAAUGUAGUUCUUAAGACUGAAACAGAGAUGGAACCGAAUCAACAAAUUAUACAGAAAAUACAAUCCGAGACUCAGAAAGAUGAUUCUCCUAAUCCAGGUGUACAAACUUAUACAACAAUACAGGCAACGCCAGAAGUAUUCCUAAAUUUGGGUUUCAAAGAAACUCCAUUGGCGACUACGACACUUCGAGAUGACGGAAAAGAAUUUAAGGAAUUUGCAAAAACAUCAUCUGAGGAUGGAAUGUCUCGUAACUCAAUCGAACAAAUCAGAGAAUUUCUGAGGAUUAGAUCAGGAUCGGAACCAACCUCUCUGAUCACUGUGAAUCCUCAGGUACUUCAGCAGGCUACAAGAAACAACACUAUCUGUCGCGAUUGUGGUAAAAGCUUUCCUUCAUUAAAUCAAAUGAGCAGUCACAAUUGUAAUGUUGAGACACUUAUAAAUGAACCACCCAACGAAGCUACAAGCAAAGAGGAUGCUUUGCAAACGAAUGUUAAUUCAUUUAGCUGUGACAUUUGUAGUAAGCCGUUUAAACGGAAAGAACAUCUCUUUCAACAUAGAAAAUUGCACACUGGUGAGCGGCCAUACGUGUGCUCAACAUGUGCAAAAGCUUUCAGUCGUAAGGAACAUUUGGUUAGGCAUUCUGUAUCUCAUACCGGACAAAAGAUGCAUGAAUGUGAAAUGUGUGGUAAAAGUUUCUCGCGCAAAGAUAAUCUCCAUAAACAUCGAAAAACGCAUGGUGUGUCUGGCCCUUAUAUUUGCGAAACUUGUGGGAAGUCAUUUGUUGUGAAACAUUAUUAUGUGAUGCAUUUAACUACGCAUGCAACAACUGUCCCGGACGGUAUGAACUGUUCAGAUCCAUUGCCGUAUAAAUGCGACAUAUGCCACAAAGCAUUCGCUGUCAAACAAUAUCUUAAUACACAUAAACUCAGACACAGAUCAAAAAAUAACAAUAACUCUCAGAAUAGUUUAAAUGGACAUCAACAGCAACAGUCGCAGCAAGCGGAUACUACAAAUAAUGUUAAUGUAGUGACGAAUAAUGCUGGGAAUUUAAAUAACAAUAAUGGACAAUCUAGUAAUGAAUCGACUGUCGAAAUGCAAAGCGUUAUCGAACGCAAUGAACAGGCUAAUGGAUCAUUCGCCAACAGUCAGUAUCAUACUAAUAUACAAGAGUUUCAAUGAGAUAAGGGGAAGCGUGUCUAUUAUGUUCUCUUGCCAAAUGGUAACAAUCAUAAAAUCGUGGUUGUAUAAGCAAGAGAAACUUUAUGACGCGCUAAAAUAUUUUCUUAUAUGGUUUUGCUCUUUAAUCGAACGGUUUUGUACUUUAAUACUACAGGAAUGAGAAUCAAAGCGGCUAUUCUGACAGAUUAAAUAUUUUGGUGUAUACACACAUCGGGCAGAAGAUAGAUUUGUUGAAUGGUUUAAGAGCUAGCUG